GGGCACAUAGUAGGGAAACUAAACACGGGUAUCAUGCAAUCUCUAGGGUUCCUAAACUAAAAUGAAAAUAAAACAAUAAUGCUGAUGCAAAUAGUUCAAAGAUUUCUAUCUUGAUUAUUGGCAAGCAUCAUUAGCUUAAUUCAGGAAUACUCAUAACAAAGGACACCGGCUGAAAUGAAAAUCCCACCGGUGGGAAGGAACCUUCCCAGUUACCCAAGGAGGGAGAAAUGGGCUAAGCUAGACAAGUUCCUUCUGAAUCGUGACUGGGCUGACUCUGGGCUUGACUGCAGAGCUGAUCUUAUGGACUUGACGAUUGAAUCUGACCACUGCCCAAUGGUGCUCUCCCUUUUUGGCACCUCCCCCAGUGGCUCCAAGCCCUUUAAAUUUUUCAACAUGUGGACCCACCGUGAUGAUUUUGGUGAGAUUGUUAGAAGGGUCUGGGAAGGGCCUCUUAAAGCCCUCAACAGCAAAGUCUUUGGUCAUAUCUCCAUCAAAGCAACAAAGGCCAAAGAUGAGUAUAAGUCCCUUAUGAAACUCCUGGUUGAUGAUCCCAGCAAUCCCUCCCUUAUUGAUAUGAACUCCAAGAAGACAGAAGCCACCUUCCUCAUUGAUGCUAAGAGAUCCUUCCUCCAGAAAAAGGCAAUGUGUGACUUCCUUGUUGACAGUGAUAAGGGCACACUCUACUUCCAUACCCAUGUCAAGUACAAGACUAGUAAAGCUAUCCCCUUCUGGUCAGAAGUGAUGGACUACCUCCAGUAGUGAAGUUUUUGGCAACCAUAUUCCUGCCACUCCUAUCUCUCAAAAGAUGAUGCUCCUCUGGCCCCCUUACCCCCCCCCCUGAGGCUUCUCAUGGGUUGCUGG